AUGCACGCUCCGAACGUUGAGCCCGACUUGGUAUUGGAGCAUGGGUCAGAAUCAGACCUAGACGUGUUAGCACAAGAAAAGUCGGUACACCAUCCAGUGCCUGUGGCAGGUCCUCGGGAACGGAAUCCAGAUGAUGAGCCUACCGUCCACUUACUCGGCUUAGAUGCCCUCCUUCCCACAUUUUGUCCAGUCGAGAUCUUGAAGGAGAACGGCAUCAACGAUGCACUCGUAUCAGAACGAGUCUCAAAAACAGCAGAGCUCGGAUCCCCGUUCCUUUGGAGCACCUCCAAGAAGGUGACAGUGCUCUGCGGCGCGUUCAUGGCGUCCUGCCUCGCCGCGUACGCUGCUGGUGCUUACGCCCUGGCAGCCGUACCAGUCCGGGAACUUUGGCGUAUUUCAGACGUUCAAUUCAAUGCGGGUAUUACCACGUUCGUCAUGGGAUUUGGGAUUGCUCCCAUGAUCCUCGCGCCCGUUAGUGAGGCCCACGGGCGCUACUGGGUAUUUGUGGGAUCUGGAGUUACUUUCUUGAUAGGGACAAUCGGCUGUGCUGUAACGAACCACUACGCGGGGAUGCUCGUCUCCAGGUUCAUCGUCGGUUGCGGCGCCUCGGUGUAUGCUACCCUGACAGGAGGCGUUGUGAGCGAUCUGUACCAUAAAGAGGAUCGGAACACACCGAUGGCUCUAUACUCUCUGAGCAUCAUGGCCGGGACUGGCCUCGGUCCUCUCGUGAGUGGUGCUGUUGUCGACCACCUUGGCUGGAGAUGGGUCUUUUACAUUCAAGCCUGCACGGUAGGCUUCACGACGCUCAUCAUCUUCGUCUUCUUCCAGGAGACGCGCAGCAACGUUGUUCUGAGGAAGAAAUGUAGAGCCAUGAACAAUGCCAUAAGCGAGAAUACAUCGGCAACCUGGCUGCAGUUCCAAUCAGAGAUGGAGGAACGCAAGUUCAAUAUCAGCAUAGUCUGGCGUAGCUUCGCCUUUCCGCUCCAGCUCCUCGCCACGGAAUCCAUCGUCUUCUGGUUCUCGGCGUGGGCUUCCUUCGCGUGGGCGAUUCUGUAUAUGCAGUUCAGCAGCAUUGGCAUCGUGUUCCGGGAUGUCUACGGCUUCAAUAGCACCCAAGUCGGCGCUGUCUACGUGGCCGUUGUCGUAGGAUCUACCAUAGCCUGCUUGCUUGCCAUCUUCCAGGAGCCCAUCACGCAUAAGUUCUGGCCGUCCCGAAUGACCUCCCCCGAGGGCCGCUUGCUGCCGCCUGGGAUACUAUCUGCAUUGCUUCCGAUUGGAUUGUUCUGGUUUGGCUGGACCGCUACGCCGAGUGUACACUGGAUUUCCCCAACACUGGCUAUUGGAAGUUGCACUAUCGGCAUCUUCAGCAUCUAUCUCGCAGGGUUCAACUAUCUGGCAGACUCUUACCACCUGUAUGCAUCCUCCGCACUGGCUGCGCAGAGCAUGUGCCGGAAUCUCUUGGCGGGCAUUUUCCCAUUGUUCACCAUGUUCAUGCUCAAAGGCCUUAGGUAUUGGGGCGCUGGAAGUUUACUGGGUGGCAUUGGGCUGUGUCUGACAGCCAUUCCAUGGUUGUUGGCGUUCUACGGUCAGAGAAUCCGAGCACGCAGCCCCUUCGCUGGAGCGUUGGUUGGUGACGUGUAG